CCCCGGGUUUAUGCGGCCCCGCGGCCCACGCCAUCUCACCGCCCUCCAAGCGCAUUCAAGACCGUCGUUCGGUCCUGCACUCGUGCCCUUUGCACACGCGCGCAAACAUUUUGAGAACAUCAUCAAACUCUGGGAUUAUUGGAGAACCUUUCCUUGGAUUCUAGGGCCGUGAAAUGGGCAGGAAAUGGCACGCCGUCGCGGCACUGGGCAUGGCGUACGCUGUCGCCGCCGCCGCCGUCGCCGAUGGCGACAAGGGCCUCUCCUUCGCCGGCACCGUUGCAGGGCCGGAGGAAGCCAGCUCCCCGCGCAAGCUGGCCAGCUUGUACGGAACCACUUAUCACCACGUCUGGCCGCCCAUGAAAUUUGGAUGGCGAAUUGUGUUAGGGUCAUUCAUUGGAUUCUUCGGGGCAGCAUUUGGCAGCGUUGGUGGAGUAGGCGGAGGCGGGAUCUUCGUUCCGAUGCUAACGUUGAUCAUUGGCUUUGAUCCAAAAUCAUCAGCAGCCAUGUCAAAAUGUAUGAUCACGGGAGCUGCUGUUUCAACUGUGUAUUGCAAUCUCAAGCUGAAACACCCAACUUUGGACAUGCCAAUGAUAGACUAUGAUCUAGCCCUCCUCAUACAGCCCAUGCUCAUGAUGGGGGUUAGCAUUGGGGUUAUUUGCAAUGUGAUAUUCCCAGACUGGCUUGUCACAAUCCUCUUGAUCAUCCUCUUUCUAGUUACUUCGAUUAAAGCUUUUCUGAAGGGUGUUGAAGCAUGGAAGAAAGAGACAGCGAUAAGAAGGGAGGCAAAGGCAAAACAACUAGAGCAAUCGAAUGAAGAUACUAGAUAUACGCUACCGCCUACAGGACCCGAUACUGCAGCUGAGACAAAAAAAACCACAGAUGAAGCGGUAUCCAUUUGGAAGAACAUUUACUGGAAGGAGUUUGGCCUUCUGGCCUCCGUUUGGGUAGCAUUCCUUACACUUCAAGUCACCAAGAACUACGUGGCAACUUGCUCCACAUGGUACUGGGUUUUGACUGUACUCCAGAUCCCGGUGUCAGUUGGAGUGUCCAUGUACCAGGCAGCAGGUUUGGUGCAGGGGAAGAGGGCGCUAUCAUCAAGAGCAAAUAACCAGACCAGCCCAAAAGCUCAUCAGAUAUUAGUGUACUGCUUCUUUGGUGUCACCGCCGGUGUCCUCGCCGGUCUGCUUGGGGUCGGUGGGGGCGUCGUCAUGGGGCCUCUCUUCCUGGAGCUCGGUAUCCAUCCGCGGGUCUCGAGUGCGACGGCCAGCUUUGCGAUGAUGUUCUCAUCUUCCAUGGCGGCCGUGGAAUACUACCUGCUGAAACGGUUCCCUGUACCAUACGCUCUCUUCUUCACUGGCCUGACAUUUGUUGCCGCGAUUGUUGGCCAGUGGGUCGCAAGGAAGCUGGUCAAUUGGCUAGGGCGGGCAUCAUUUAUCAUCUUCAUAUUGUCCUCCAUGAUCUUCGUUAGCGCCAUUUCUCUAGGUGGAGUCGGCGUCUCCAAGACGACUCACAAGAUGGCGCGGCACGAGUACAUGGGAUUCGGCAACAUUUGCAACUAUCAUGCGUAGGAAGAUGCUGCCCUACAAGAACAGCGUGCUGAUUGUGCAGUUUCAGUGGAUGGAACGCUGUGAUGUUUGUUUGCAGAUGCCAAGUUGAACCACAAGGCCAGGAGAUAAGAAUUCCAGCCAGUAGUUCCUUCCAACAUACGACUAGUAUUUGCUAGUCACCCAUUGUAAAUGUACCUUCAGAUGGAUAAACCGUAGUUCUUAAUAGAUUAAUGCUAUUUCUGACUUCUGGUAAGUUUAGAGCUACUUUUCAGAAUGCCUUUCUUCAUAGGAGUCAAAAAGUAACUCAUGUUAAGUUUUGCCAACAUAUAAAAGAACACACAAGUAGCAACGAU